CCGAACAAGAGAGAGAGAGUGAGAAGAGUCGGAGAAGAGUGCGCUCGGUCUCACGCGCACCAACUCAUUCACAAGCGGCUGCUGAAGGAGUAUCGGCGACAACGUCGCUGGCGCAUGCGGUAUUUGGAGGAGAAUUUCACUCGUAUCAGAAUUCUGCGUGUUUCUCUCUCGUCUUUAUGGGUCAUUAAUAAGAGUAGAACUUAAUUGGACCGCCUCUCCAUUGGCCGAUGGUAAUCGGUGGUCCGGUCAGCAUACCCAGCAGACACCGACGGACGGUCGCUGGCUACCGACCGGGUGAUGGCGAGUCAGGGUAGCCGGUGCAAGAUCGUGGUAGUCGGGGACACCCAGUGUGGAAAGACUGCUUUGUUACAUGUGUUUGCAAAGGAUUGUUAUCCCGAGAAUUAUGUCCCCACUGUGUUUGAGAACUACACCGCGAGUUUCGAGAUUGACAAACAGCGAAUCGAACUGAACAUGUGGGAUACAUCAGGCUCUUCCUACUAUGAUAAUGUGCGUCCGCUGGCCUACCCUGACUCAGACGCUGUACUCAUCUGCUUCGACAUCAGCCGACCGGAGACUCUGGACAGCGUGCUCAAGAAGUGGCAGGCGGAGACGCAGGAGUUCUGUCCCGGGGCCAAGCUGGUGCUGGUGGGCUGUAAGCUGGACAUGAGGACGGAUGUGAGCACGCUCAGAGAGCUCUCCAAACAACGCCUCAUCCCCGUCACACACGAACAAGGCAGUAUGCUGGCGCGUCAGCUGGGAGCGGUGGCGUACGUGGAGUGCUCUUCGCGCGUGUGUGAGAACAGCGUGCGGGACGUCUUCCACGUCACCACGCUGGCCACGGUGCGGCGGGCGCACGGCCUGGCGGGCACCUCGGGCUCCUCCUCCUCCUCCUCCUCGUCGACGGGCGGCGCCCUCAAGCGCAGCACCUCGCGCCGCGCCCUCAAGCGCAUCUCCCAGCUGCCCCUGCCCCUGACCGCCUCCGCCUCCCAGACGCACGAGCCCGCCCCCACGCUACGCAAGGACCGCGCCAAGAGCUGUGUGCUGAUGUAGUGCACACACACACAUACACACACACACACACACACAGGCGGAUACACACACACACACACACACACACACACACACACACACACACAUACAUAAACAAAGAACUGAUAUCUGAGAAGUACUGAUCCCUAUGGACAUCCAUAGGCCAGGCACACAAGCACAUACUAAAAUAUGUAUACACUUCCAAGUUCCAAGUAUGGGUUUCACCAUGAACCCACACAUUAACACAUACACACACACACACACAUACACACUCCAAGUCACCCAUACAGAUGUGCAGUUGCGUCUGCAGAAGUAUUACGUGACAUCCCACAGAGCUUUAUUUAUUGCUUUUGAUGUAUGGUUUAUGUUAUUCUGCUUGUGUAACCGACCUGCGGUCUCGCUGGACAGACCCCUGGACUUGGGCCUUUACAUUCUCUUGGCAUUUUGUUUCCUGUUCUCGUCUCUCCGCUCCUCCGGUUUAUUUUCCAAUUGGCUGAGAGAGCAUCUCGCCCCUCCUCAAAUCAGACCCCUGGACGGGACGGCGGCCCGGACUGCCGGGUGUCCGGUUCUGCUCUCUGAUUGGACGGCGCACAGUUUCCCAUUUCCCCGGUUCCCCCUGACAGGAGUGGGUUGUCAAAUGUGAGUGAAGGAGAUUGGAGGGAGAAGGGAGGAAGAGACUCUCAGAGGUUUCGCUAUAUAUAGCCAAGUGGUUUUGCUGCUGCCUCCCAAAUUGAACUCAUCUAAAAGGGAUUUCAAAAAAAAAAAAAUGAAAAGAAAUAUGAUCAAAAGUGACAAGGAGAACUAGGAAAUGUGAAAUUGUGGCAGAUUUAUGAUGUUUCUUUUCUGCAGGUCCUAGAAACCACAAGUGCUUUUCCGGAUAAGAUCACUGUCCAUAUCAGUUUAACUAUGAAUGCCAUGUAAUGAAUUGUGCUCAGCCUUUGUUCCGUGGAGCUCCGCAGAUGACGAGGAGGAAGUGAGCCCAGAGCGCCGCGUUGGACGCCGUACUAGACACCCUCGCCUGGGAACACAAGCGACUCCAGCGCUCACCUCUGGGCCCUUUGCUUAAAGGAAUAUUUUCAUUUUGUUGUGUACAGAUAUCUAUGGGGGGUGGGAGGAGAUGGUUGAUGAAAUAUGUAAAAUAUGAUGAUGUUUUAAAUAUGUUUAUUGUGUUGGAAUUUGAAGCACAGUAAAAACAGAGACAAAC